AAAUAAUCCUACGACCUCGUCAAGACACGACGAACGACGGCAUCWUCGAUUCAAUCAAUCGAGAAGAUUGAAUCCAAAUUUGUAAUUGUUGACUUACCUAGUGGGAAACUCCCAACUCUGUAAAGAUCCCCCAUCCACAGAACCAAAACAAAAUUUCGUUGAAUAGGUUGAUCCAAGUGUUGCAUAGCACUCUUCACUCAUACUAUCAUGAAAAGCACUUUGGCAAUCAGUUUCUCCAUUUUCUUGGGUCUUGUCGUCGACCCAUGUUUCUGUUUUCAGCAUCGACAGAUACAGCCGUCGUCGUGCAGUUUCAAUGGCUGUCGGUCCAAGUCAAUGCACUCGUCUCUACCUUCCGUCGCCGAUAAGUUUUCUCGCUUCGGAGGAAGACCAACAUCUGUGUCGAGACAGUGGUGGCGCAAGAAUGAUGACAAGAAGAAACUAAUUGGCCCGCUUAUGUCCGACGUUUCAGCAUCAGCAGGGGAUGAAAAGAAGUCAGGUCUAUUCGAUAAGGUAUGAUGCGAACAGAAAUUCAUUGUUUGUGAUCGAUUCGACAAUGAAAUAUGACAACAAGAGAGAUUCGGAUUCAAUUACCACGUUGAAAGUGUGCUUUGAACAACUCAAGGAAGCAUUGAAACAAUUGAUCGUAUCAUGUGAUAUGUUUUUUCUAUUUCGAGCCCAUUUCUAUUUGAUUGCACCUCGGAUGCUCAUUUUCGACCAUUCUUUGCUGUUCAUUUUUAUGGAUGUUGGCCAACUUGUUGUGAAAUCUUAAAACCUGAUCAGGUAAAAUCGAUCGUUCCUCCAGAAGAAGAACGUAAAAAAUUGGUUCCAUUAGCUUUGAUGUUUUUUGCAAUCUUGUUUAACUACACCAUCUUACGAGAUACCAAAGACGUCUUGAUGGUCACAGCACCAAAAAGUGGUGCAGAGGUUAUCCCAUUUAUCAAGACGUAUGUUAACUUGCCAGCGGCUAUCGGAUUCACGGGACUUUACGCCUCCCUGACAAACAAAAUGGAACAAAAGGACGUCUUCUACACCUGCGUUUGGCCCUUUUUGGCUUUUUUUUCCAUGUUUGCAUUGGUAAUUUAUCCCCAACGUGCUCUGCUCCACCCUCAUGCGUUCUGCGAUAUGCUAGCAUCAGCUUUGCCUGCUGGCUUUUCCGCUCCCUUGGCAAUCAUUCGUAAUUGGUCGUUCGCUGCAUUUUACGUCAUGGCAGAGAUGUGGGGAAGUGUUGUGGCUUCCCUUUUGUUUUGGGGAUUUGCCAACGAAGUGACGACUGUCGACGAAGCCAAAAAGUAUUGUAAGUUUUGAUAAGCAUUUUGUCAAUAUCAAGGCGAAUAGUGAUGGAAAUAGAGAAGAAAAGUAAACCUCACUCGAUGCCUUUCAUCAUUCCACUUGUUUGAAUCGAUACGAGCGUAGAUCCACUUUUUGGGCUAUUUGCCAAUGUUGCAUUGAUUUUUUCUGGUCAAUAUGUACGAUGGGUAUCGAACAUGAGAUCUACCUUGGCUCCUGGUGUUGAUGCAUGGGCUGUCAGCUUGAGAUAUCUCAUGGGGGCAGUUUUGGCCGGAGGUGGAGUCAUCUUGGGAGCUUUUAGUCAUAUGCAACGAAACAUCGUCCCGACCCUCGCAAAGAACAAGGGAACUUCUCCAAAGCCAACCAAGAAGAAAAAACCCAAAAUGUCUAUGAAGGAAUCUGCCAAGUUCCUUAUGAGCAGCCCUUACAUUCGWAACCUUGCAAUGCUCGUGAUUUCCUACGGAAUGUGCAUCAAUAUUGUCGAAGUAAGCUGGAAAGCAAAGUUGAAGCAAGCUUUCCCCGACCCUAAUUCGUAUUCCGCCUUCAUGGGUAACUUCUCUUCUACUACAGGACUCGUUACGUUGAUCAUGAUGCUUCUGGGAMGAACGAUUUUCUCUAAAUAUGGGUGGAGAGUUGCUGCAUUGGUCACUCCAGUUAAUUUGGGCAUCACUGGACUCUUGUUUUUUGCUCUCAAUAUUUUCAGCGAUUUCUUUGCUCCCAUGACCGCUGCUCUUGGAACUACGCCUUUAAUGCUAGCUGUCAUCGUCGGUGCAGCACAAAAUAUUCUGAGUAAGAGUGCCAAAUAUUCCCUUUUUGACCCAUGCAAAGAAAUGGCAUAUAUUCCCCUUGAUCAAGAGUCCAAGACAAAGGGUAAAGCUGCUAUUGAUGUUGUUGGAAAUCCGCUAGGAAAGUCUGGAGGAGCGUUGAUCCAGCAAUUUCUCAUCUUUGGUGUGGGUAGUCUUUCAGCAGCAACACCGGUAAGUUCAAUCAUGUACAUUCGGACGGAAUGGCUAAUGGUGACACACUUCUCGCCAUUUCGUUCUGGCUAUUUAGGAAUAUGGUAGAAAGCCUCACAUCAACGUAUUUAUUCCUUUGUCUGCAGUACCUCGGUGUAAUUCUUUCUGGAAUAGUCUUUACUUGGAUCAAAUCAGCGAAUAGCCUUGCAGGAAUGUUCAAUAAAGCUAUGGAAGCAAACGAGGAGGAUGAAGGGGAAACCGCUACUGCUUGAAAUAUAUAUAGUAGAACAAAAAUUUGAAACGGUGUAUUAUGACCUACGCUAUACCUGGUUUUUAGUUCCGAUCCUAUUGGCAGGUCUACUUAUCAAUGCAUGAUCUCUCUGUCUUUUCACAUUCCUCCAAAGUGUUUCUUCUACUGCGUGCAGUAGGUAUUUCUUCAUCGUUUGAAUAAAACUUUAUUUGUUCG